AUGACGGGGAGCUUGGAUGAGUUGAUACAAUUUUUGCUUGGUGAAAUUGCCCUCAGCGGCCAGCGAGGAAGCAAGCCUGCCGAUAUCCUUGGUUUUGUCAGCCGUUUCUACCAAUCUACCAAUGAAAAUGUAGCACCAAAUGAGCUUGUGCAAGCUCGAAGAUAUGAUAAACCUACUGUUGACCGCGCAUUCCAGGAACAGGUAUGGAGAUGGCUGACCAAACAUCCCGAUGUGCUUGUCGGCAGGGAUGGAAAGGGCAACAAGAUGUCACUUUCUGCAGUGGAAGCUCAGUACCGAAACGUACAAACGCCAGUAACUCUUGAAGCCACAAAAGAUAUAUGCAACUUGAACACCCCUCCAGACCUUAACGUUCAGCAGCAUCACAUUCCGUUAGACACAGUGCGUCCUCAACCAACUAAAGGAAAGGAUGCAUUAAGAGUAUAUGUCACUGAAGAACGUAUGUGGCUUGCGAUAUGUGGUCACCCAAAAGAUCUGACGAAAGUCUUUGAGACCGAGUUUGUCUUGCUCUCUAUCAUAGCUGCUCACCGCGAGCUUGGAAUUCUGCAAGGUGACCUCGUGAAAGAGAGCGGCCAAGACAAGCGGUCUGUUCCCAAGCGUACAGACUCACUCCGAAACAAAGGAUAUAUCGAAAAACGGGCUGUUCAUCUUAAAGGCCUGAAAACCAGCCGACUAGUGCUUCGGAGAUUCGCCUCGAAUGUUGCCCAUAAUUCUGUAACGCCACAGCCAGUAUCUCCUGGUACGCAUAAGAGCGUGCGGGAUGAGUGCCUGGAAACUCGUGCCCUGAUAACAAAUCUUUUCACUAUACUCAAGGAAAAGAACAUCGUCACUCGAGACGAUCUUAAGAGGGAGCUUAACAUGUCGACACGAUGGCAGGCUCGAGCGCUGGGUAAAAUCACUCGCCGACUUGAGGUGAUUGGAUGCCUUCGGAGGGUCAAAGCAGCCUCAGAAGCAUCAAAGAAAGUAGGAUAUUACUUCGAUUGCGUCAAACUCAUCCACGAGCCCUCCGAACAAGACCUGAAGACCUUCGACACCUCUGGCCCAGGUAUCACAGAUGAGCACGCUGUCGAAGAGCCAGAUCUUGAGAAUGAAGAUGACGCUUUUCAGACGAUGGCUGGGCAGAUGCCUGGCAAGCUUGAGGAGGUGGGAAGGAUACUUCCACAAUGGAAUCCAGACAGGCCCCUCUCGAAUUGUCUGCUAAACGUGGUUCAGCAGGCAGGAACUCAGGGCUACACAAACAGAGAUUUGAGGCACCACCUCAUGGGAAUCUUUUUCCGCAGGCCACUCGAAAACCUACUGACGAGAUUGACCGCAACGUGGCUUCAAUCACAGCCAUCACAUCUCCGCCACCUAGCUAUACUUCGAGACACAAUGCUAUCAGGCACCAUUCCUCUCUACGUGCAGUAUUCAUUUCCAAACUUCGAAGCACGCGUUGCCUCUGGGCACGCAUUUUGGGAAGCUGUCAGAGAGCCGACUUCGGACAGCGGGAAGAAGGGAAAGAAAAAAGCCACAUUUAAUACUUCUAUCAACUCUAAUAGCCCCGAGCUUGAUACGUUUGGAUUUCCAGCUAACCACGCGCUCACCUCACAGUUCAAAGGUGCACGCGCAACUUUGGGGCAGUGCUUGCUCGCCGCUCACCCAGGAGAUCUUCCAAUUGCAAACCGGGAUCCCGUAUUGGAUCGCAAUAGCUCUGGGACCAACGUAAUCAGAUAUGACGCAGCUGAAACAAGCGUCAUCCUAGUAAGAUCUAACAGAGAAAAAGCUCCUGUUACUGGCUCUGCCAGCCCAUCGUCUCGGCCCCAAGACACCACAAACCAGCCCUUGCAACAGCGACAGCCUGGAGCCAAACCCAGGGGACGGCCCAGGAAAUUUCUACGUGGGACUGAAAAGUUCUGGCAAGGACAAUUUGCCAUGGUCAAAGCACAGAAAACCCCAGACAACCACGAAAACCUAGACAGCCGAGCUGGAAUGAUGUCCGACCCUGCUGGACUUGCUCUCUUCGCUAAGCGACCUCCACAGUUUGAUGCAGUUCUCGUACGAGCGCUACAAGGCGGUUUACCCGUACCGGCGAUGCCCAAGGAUAUCGCACAGGAAUGGGUGGAUAAGACGUUGCAGGUUCUCGAUCGAACCGCUGCAGGUGUCUACGUUACGCCAAAAGGGGUGCGAUUUCGAGGAACGAAAAAGUACAGAGGAGCCAGUAGACUUUUGGUUGUCCGCAGUUCGCGCCUUGGAGAGCUUGAUCUCUCAAAGAAGAAAGACAUUCCAGCCGUCCGCUUCUUGAUCUCCAGCGCUGCUCAUACAUUUGUCGAUCUCCAAAAUGGGGUUGUGGGUGGAAGUCUUGAUGACAGCGAUGAUAAUACCCUAAGAUCGUCUCCAAGUCUUGUUCGAGGAAAGAAUCCUGCCAGGGGACUCGAGCCUGGUUCAAAUGGAAUCCAAGAUCGACUGCACGAGCCACUCCCUCACACGUUGGCUCCUGGAAGUAUUACAACGCCAUUAGGACAGAAAGCAGACGAGGGUGCUGCAUCUUCCAAAAAUAGUCUGCAGAAUAGGCCAAGCCGAAAGCCAAGAACGGUAACUUUCAACGAGGCGUUGCUGCAUAAAGAUACUCCCCUAUCCCACAACAGAGCAGGUCCAGAAAAUAUGGUAUGGCAGGCGUCUCCCACACCGCCUUCUGGCUUGCCACCUCCGCUCACGACAAGGUCUUUGCUGCGCAGAAGACAAAGCGAUAGCCAACAAACUGCCAGUGAAAUCUCUGAAGCGUCAGCUGCAGGUGCCGUUGAUAAGAGUGACGACCAAGUUGGCGCGCUUCUUGACAGCAUUAACCCCCCAGGUCUCCCAUCAGCCUCAACGCAAGUAGACCAGGUCUUGAAUCUUGAAGAUACUGAGAAAAUUGAAGUUCGUUCAGAGAAGCCAGCCACCUUUAUGAUUUCUUUGAAUGGCAGUAGCCUGAAUGGUAUUACCAACAUACAAGCUACCAGACACAGUGUUCUUGCCGCCCAUGGACCAAUUCCGAACCGCCUCGAAUCGGGGUCGCAGUCAUUGCGACCAUCUGUAGAGUUCCAUGCGCCCCCCCUGGGGAUCAUAGCUAACCACGAGAAGUACGAUGCCUCAGCAACGCGUCGCAAAGAUGCUGACACGCCGGUUAUCGAAGAACGCGAUUCAGAGGCCUUCAGAUUGGUUCAAGAGCUUCUUGCGGAAGGGGACGACCAAAUUGACCCGCCUAAUCAGGACACUCUGAAUGGAGAAAACCAAAGCGGCGUUUCUGCUGAUGCUUCUUCUCAAAUUGGUGGACAGAUUACGCUGCCUGAGAUGAGGAUAUCAGACCCGGACUCAGACCAUGGUCCUCCUCAAAAACGUAGGAAGCAGGAAGGGGUAGGAGCUGGCUCUAUUGCCGUUCUAAGACGUAAGAUCAUGAUUGAUCUCAUGGAAGCUUGCAGCGGCGCGCUACCAUAUUACCAGAGCCCUUUGUGCAGUGCAUUCACGACCGCGUGGCAAAAGGCAGGCCAAUCUGGCAAACCUGAUCUGCGAACAAUAAAAGCUGUUGUGAAGUCUUUGUGCCAGAACGGAAGCGCGAAACAGAUCAAGUUCAGCCAUCGCAAUAAAAAGGGCGCUGUGGUCACAAAAACCAUUCUUGCCAAAGCAGACAUGGCUAUCUCCCACCCAAACAUUCUUGAGACUCAAAGGAGGAUGAUUGAGGCAGAUCCUCACCCCUAUCUUCCUGACGCGCUCAGAGAUGACCUUGACCUCAAUCGAGAGAUGCACAGGGAACCAUCCGCGGUCUGGCCAGCUGUUUACGAUGAACAGACCGUUGAACCAUCCGAGACUCCAGCAAAGGUCUUAAGACUGCAGCUUCGAGAGACACUUUCUCUUGCUCGCAAGAGACAACGCAAUAAAGAUCCAGAAGUACAGGAUGCCAACGAGGGGCAUGAUCCACAGGGCAGAGAUAUCGUCCCUCGGACAAGACUUGUCGGUAUCCGGCGGAAGUACACCACAGCUUCAGCACCUUACAAAAGACCUAAGCUAUCUGUAUCUCACAAUACUCGAUCUCCUCAGCGGCCCUUACCAGAUCAGCUCUCACACACUCCAAAUCCAUUACAAUUCCGGACAGAAAACCCGGAGAAGCCGUUGACUUUUGACGCCUUCGCUUUACCAGCACCUCGUCCGUUUAAGUCGCGAACAAAUGCCCUAUCUCACAGCAGUGAAGAUGCCAAUUUUGCAUCUCAAGCCAGCUCCAUUGCCACCACGCCGCAGUCAGAAUCAACUCAGCUUACUAACAUCAUUUGGAAAGAAAUUGGUGUUCAACCAGUACUUCCUUCCUCUGUGCAAGAAAUACUCUUGGAUGAUCGAAGGAGAAAGAAACCGAAUUACACAAAAGAGAAAGAUCCCAAUUAUCGCGAAUUUGAAUGGAAUAUCGACGGGGUCACUCUGUGGGAGCAGAGGUCGUUGAAGCUGUUUGACUCUAAAUCAACCGAUUGGGUCUUCAUCAACCAUUUUGUGGGAAACAGCUUCCAGUCUGCCUCGGGUUCCAGUUCAAGUCUGGUAUUUACUGGUCUUAUUUGGUAUGAUACCCAAGGCCGCGAACAUACCGAAACUCGCUUUCAUGUCCACGAUCAAGAUGUUUCCAGUCUUCCACCAGAAAACAGAAGUGCUGUCUCACCACGCUGGGCUCAGAAUCUCACCCAAGCACAACUUGAAUUACCUACACCACGGCCUCUGCGCAAAAGGAAAAGAGACCCUGCUGAGGUGGUAGAAGCUGCAAAGAGGCGUCGGCGAAAACCAACAACUGUGACCCAGCCUCAGACGAUAACCGAUUCGGCAGGUAACGUGAUUGAUGUCUCACAUUUGAUAGGGGCAAAGUACAAACGUCCACGAGGCACCCAACACCUACGCACGAUGCCAAAGCACUUUGUCUAUAAGCUCACCGUAACUAUAGUAGUUGUGCGAGCUCUAGCAGGCGGCCUAGAAAAGCACGUCGACUGGCCACUUGUGAUGUGUGUUUUUCCUGAUGAAGAAGAGCAAUUUCUUAAAGAUCGCUGGAAAACGCUUUCGAAUAAACAUCGUCGUGAUGUUGAUCAACUUAUUGAAAAUUUCCAGGACAAAUUUCCCGAAGCAUAUGCCAAGGGCGAAGUGCCUCAGAUCAAUUUAGAUGAGCCUGAAAGCAUUGAUUGGAAGACCGUGGUAGAAUGGGCGCUCAACAGCCUUGACAAGCCUGUGAUGCAUGAAAUUCCGGACUUACCUGCCACCAUGUCAGAACUCAACGAAACCGUCAACAUGAAGAUUGAAGCUUCCCAUCGACCUUAUCGCGAUCUACUCGCCUACAACACAGCUGUCACAGUCCCGACCAAAGAAGUUGCGAUCUCCGCCAUUCCCUUCGCGGUGCCUCUUCCACUUUCUCCACCGAAGAGCCCGGGCAAGCCCCCCCAUCUCUUUGACCCGACGGAUGACACUAGUGACUAUGCGUCGAAGCUGGCUAAAUCUUGGGCUCUAUCCACUGUUGCAACUCCGUUGGAAACAUUUGAUCCUGCAAAAGCACACGACAAACUCCACUCACUGGCUCCUACCGUCAAGGAAUCAGAAAAGCUCGUCGACUCUGCCCUAAAAUCACUUGCGGCAAGCAGAGCCGUUGUUAAAAAACGGGACAAGAGUGUAGACCCCAAAGGUCGAAGUUUUGACCUUAGCCGCGUCUUCAACGACAUAUUGGAUCAACGCCGGACAAUCACUGCGACAAUGUUAAAGCAAGCUCUGCGUUACAAGACCACUGUGCUUGACCCAGCAUUCCGUAAGGUUCAAAGGGUGAAGUUUCACCCCGUGUUCAUCGAGGACGGGGAUAUGAUAGCCAUCCUCAAUCUUACCGCCAAUGGCCGUAUCAAAAUCACGAUUGGAGAUGACGUACCACGAAAUAGAUGGGGAGUCGAUCCCACGUUGAGGUAUCAGACGAGGAAAAUCAAAAAGGAGAAUCUAUAUUUUACCGUGAUGAUGGAACAUAUCCCCGAGAAAUAUGUCUUUGGCAACCCCCUCCUUGAGCGGGAUGCCGGUAUCCCGGAUCUUGGCACUGGUGCGAGAGACAUGAUCCCCAUUUGGCGCGAUAUACAUGGAAAUUUUCAACACCAAUACUGGGACCUCGCUAUCGCGGCUGUGCUGGGUAUAGUUGCAACUCGGUCUGGAGCGAGUGUCAGGGAAGUGGCGAAGACGAUGAAUCCGUCGCUGGCCAUGUGGGAGGUGGAGUGUCUGCUCGAGUGGUGCUGGAGGGUAGGGGCGGUGAAGAAGACUGGGGAAGAGGAAGGGGGCUGGACUGGCGGUUGGGAGGUUCGAGAAUGGUGGUGGUUGGUGUUGGGAUGCGGUAGAGUGGAGAACUCUCCAGAGCAAGUGCCGGGUUCAAGUAAGAUGUGA